UGCCCUUCGCCUAGAAAACUGGGCUGUAGAGGAAAUGGAGCCUCUCUUACGUUGAGAGGGAGGCGGGCAGAGCCGCAAAGCAUCACCCCAGACAGAGGCGGGGAGUGAGCACAAGCACAAGAGGAGCAGCCCAGGGAGCUCGAAGAGAGUGACGGCCGCCGCGAUGAGCCUGAAAAACCCGCUAAAACGACCGAAAUUGGCCGAAAACACGAUGCGGUCCACCGCCGACGACGGGGGGUAGACACAUCCAAAGAAAUGGACAUCCCUCCAAAAUAAAUGGCGUCAAAGACGAACAGCGUAUUUCGCUGAAUCAAAAUGGGCUGAUGUCAAGCCACGAAAACUGAAGAACUUCGGUGUUUGCGCUAUCACAAAGAUUUGUUGAAUACGUGAGACCAUUGACUGGACUUUCAAAUUGGAAAGAAAAAGAAGACAACUCUAACCCAUUCAACUGGAUAUUACGGAAGUGGACACAACGUUGUUAAAAUGGAAGAUGGUCAACAAUUUGGCGAUUGGCCAAAUUUUAACAAGAUGGAAUUUCUUUUUUCUUGGGCGUGGACAUAAAUAUUUUAAAAUUGUUUCUAUUUUGAUGCUCUUUUUUUAUUUGUCUUUCUUUGACUACCACAUGGACUUUGGAAUCCCCGAUGCUAACUGUUGGAUGUGCUGACAUUUUUAUUUCUGUUUUUGGGAAACUCGAAAUCAGUGUUUGUACAUUUGAAAUCCCGAUGUUAUUUUAAAUAAAGUGUAUGUCCUCCAUUGUUUUUCCACCUACUGGCUUUGUUUCAACAAGAAGAUUGUUUAGCAAAUCAAGCUAAUUGUUCUCGCAUGAUUAUUAACGUUUUUCUUUCAUUGAACAAAUUGGCGCGAUUGCGUUGAUUUUGUGUCAAGUGAUUGUCAAGGUAUAUUGGAAGUCAAUUAUUCAGUUGAUGACGUUUUAUUAAUAUUUUUGUUCCUUUCAGAAAAUAAACGAGAAUGGCAAAUAAUUUUGAGAAAUGUGAUUGACAAUGCUAACUUUCAUUAGCAUAAAAACUAUUUGAGGUAAAUUAAUCAAGGAACACAACAACCCAUGUGGUUAUGGUAUUUAUCUGAAAUGGUUUCCAGUGCUUAGCCUGGAAGGAUUUCUAAAAUGGCUACUAUUUUGUCCGUCUUCCUGUCUGCAAAGGAAGUGAUGCAAUUGGUGCAAAAUUUAUUCUUUUGCACUCUCUCACUAUUCUUUUUUUUAUUAACUGAGAGAGGGCUUUCCCUUUUGGUCAUUUGCCCUAAGGCAGAACAUAAAUGUAAGUUUAUACAAAUGUACUUUUAAAAAACAUAAUAAAAGGGGAGGGACUUAGACAUCACCUGAGUGUGGGGUAAAUGGAAAUAACGUCAAUCAAAAGCAAAGCUUUCAGAGCAGGGAAGGAGCUCUAGAUGGCGGUUGAGCCUUGGGAAAGGUGCCAGCUUUUCGGACCGUUUUUUGCUCGAUAGCGUUUGAUACUCGAUAGAUUUAGCGAGCGGAUGUUGUUCGAUGACGUUUUCCACGGAUUUCUGUGCGUUUUUUGGCGGUUUUGUGUGGUUUUUCGUGAGCUGUAAGAGCCGUCUGCUGGCGGAGUGCUUGUCGUUGUUUUCCAUACUGGGCUCUGGCAGCCAUGGCGCGCCUCCAUUUUUAGUGAUCUCUGCUCGGCUCUGUCGGUGCAGACAGUGGCUGUCGGUGCAGACUGUAAAGGCCUAGACGCUUUCUUUUUGUAAACGAAUUCUUUUUUAUAUACAAAAAUACUAAACCCUUAGUUUUACGGCUUAUUUGUAUUUUUGUCACGUAUGUUUAAAUUCUGACGGAGAAAACGGGAAUCGUUCGUUUUUUCACGCCAGCAUUAAAUAGUCAUAUUUUUAGUAUUGCAUUCACCAUUUAGUAGUUAUUUUGUCCUUAAAUAUGUAUAUUUUCCGAAAGCUUCUUGUGAUGACGCAGUUAAAAUUUACGACAUGCGGCUUGAUCGGAGGACUAUUUUGAAAGAGACUGAUCGCUUAACAUAUUGUCACAGCACCUGUUAUUUAGUGUUCCAGUCUUUAUAUAAAUUAGCGAUUUCAUUAAUCAUGGAUAAAUCCAUCGAUCUGAGGCCGUUUUCAUAAGUCCGGUCGCAAACGCCUUUUUUUAUCUGCUACCCGAGCUAAAGCAAUCCAAUGGGACUUAUAGUUGAAGCUUCCUCUUAACUUUUUGACAGUAAAUACCUGGACACAAAACACCACCCCUGUAUCAGGGUUUUGAGGCAGCAACGAUGAUGAAGAGUAAAAAUAAAAAGCAGGAGGAUGAAGCAUCGACUCGAAGCAAUGCAUCCAGUAACUCAGCCUCGGAGGAAUCCAACCACUCGGCAUCGGAGUCGGGAAGUCAGUCAGAAAGUGAACAUGGCAGUGAGAGGAGGAGGAGGUCACACAACUCCGAGUCAAACAGCACCUCCGAGUCAGAAAGCCAUUCCGAGUCGGAGAGCGAGUCUGCAGAGUCCAAAUCGCAGCAAACUGCAGAAGUCAAAGACAAGCCAGUUAGGAAGAAAGAGCGUCUGGCUGACGUGAAGAAGAUGUGGGAGGAGCAUCCAGACAUGUACGGUGUCAGGAGGUCAAAUCGCAGCAGACAGGAGCCUGCUCGCCUCAACAUUGGAGCUGAGGGCAGCAGUGACUCUGAAAGCGAAAGCCCUAAAAGGAAAUCAUCACGGUCUAAGAAGAAGGAAAAUAUCUGGAAAGAUGAUGACUCAAAUGAUGAUGAAGAGGAGGAGGAUGUGGAGGCUUCCGACAGUACAGACAGUGAGCAGGAAGAGAAAAAAGUUAGAUCCAGACGACUUCCUGCUAGAAGACCGCAGACCAAGUCCUCGUCUGCCAAAAAGCAGCAGUCGCAAAAAGGAAGAAAAUCCCGGAAGCAGGAGUCAUCGGGUGAUGAAGACGAGGAUGAUGAUGAUGACGAAGAGGAGGAUGACGAUGAAGAAGACACCCCAAAAAGACAAACGAGGAGAAGGGGAGCCACAAAAGUCAAAAGCUAUAAAGAGGACCAGCACGACUUUGAGACCGACUCUGACGACCUGAUUGAAAUGACGGGGGAGGCCGGCGAGGAGCAGCAGGAUGACGACAGCGAGACCAUCGAGAAGAUUAUUGACACCAGAAUCGGCAAGAAAGGAGUGGUGGGAGCUGCCACCACCGUGUAUUCAGUGGAGGAGAAUGGAGACCCGAGCGAAGGGUUCGACCCGGAAAAAGAUGAAGGGGAGACGCAGUAUCUGAUCAAGUGGAAGGGCUGGUCCUACAUCCACAACACCUGGGAGAGCAUGGACUCCCUGACGCAGCAGAAGGUGAAGGGUCUGAAGAAGAUGGACAACUUCAAGAAGAAAACCGAAGAGAUGAAUGCAUGGUUGAGGAGGGCGUGCCCCGAGGACAUAGAGUUUCAUAACUGCCAGCAGGAGCUCACAGCUGACUUGAACAAGCAGUUUCAGAUUGUGGAGCGAGUCAUUGCAACGAAAACCGGGAAGACGGCAGGAACGUCCGACUUUCCCUCUCACAGUCAUAAGACCUCAUCCUCCAACGAACCCGAGUACUUGUGCAAAUGGAUGGGUUUGCCGUACUCGGAGUGCAGCUGGGAAGACGGCGCCCUGGUCAUGAAGAAGUUCCAGCGCUGCAUUGACAGCUUCACCAACCGCAACUCUAGCAAGACCGUCCCAUCCAAAGACUGCAAGGUGUUAAAGCAAAGACCCAGGUUUGUUGCUCUGAAGAAACAGCCGUCGUACAUCGGGGACGAGAAUCUCGAGCUGAGAGAUUACCAGCUGGACGGCUUGAACUGGCUGGCUCACUCCUGGUGCAGGUGCAACAGCGUCAUCCUUGCUGAUGAGAUGGGGCUGGGAAAAACCAUCCAGACCAUCUCCUUCCUGUCCUACCUGUUCCACCAGCAUCAGCUCUACGGGCCCUUUCUGCUGGUGGUCCCUCUGUCCACGCUCACCUCGUGGCAGAGGGAGUUUGACACCUGGGCUCCCGACAUGAACGUGGUGGUUUACAUCGGCGACGUCAUGAGCAGGAAAACCAUCCGUGACUACGAGUGGGUGAACCAUCAAACCAAAAGAAUCCGCUUCAAUGCACUUUUAACCACCUAUGAGAUCUUACUCAAAGAUAAGGGAGUCCUCGGGAACAUCAACUGGGCGUUUCUGGGCGUGGAUGAAGCUCACAGGCUGAAGAACGACGACUCCCUCCUCUACAAAACCUUAAUGGAGUUCAGAUCCAAUCACAGACUCCUCAUCACCGGCACUCCUCUGCAGAACUCCCUCAAGGAGCUCUGGUCUCUGUUGCACUUCCUCAUGCCUGACAAGUUUGAUUCCUGGGAAGACUUUGAGGAUGAGCACGGAAAAGGGCGGGACAACGGCUACCAGAGCCUCCACAAAGUCCUGGAGCCGUUCCUGCUGCGGCGGGUCAAGAAAGACGUGGAGAAGUCUCUGCCCGCCAAAGUGGAGCAGAUCCUCCGAGUCGACAUGACAGCACAGCAGAAACAGUUUUACAAGUGGAUUUUAACAAGAAACUAUAAAGCACUUUCCAAAGGGACGCGUGGCAGCUCCUCCGGCUUCCUGAAUAUCGUCAUGGAGCUUAAGAAGUGCUGCAAUCACUGCUUCCUUAUUAAACAGCCAGAAGACGGAGACGGUGAGGUGCAGCAGGACAUUCUGCAGGGGGUAGUGAGAGGCAGCGGGAAGCUGGUUCUGCUGGACAAGCUACUCACGAGGCUCCGAGAGAGAGGAAACCGAGUCCUGAUCUUCUCCCAGAUGGUCAGGAUGCUGGACAUUCUGGCCAAGUAUCUCACCAAGAAGCGCUACCCGUUUCAGCGGCUGGACGGUUCCAUAAAGGGGGAAAUCCGAAAGCAGGCGCUGGACCACUUUAACGCAGAGGGCUCUGAGGACUUCUGCUUCCUGUUGUCCACCAGAGCGGGAGGUUUGGGCAUCAACCUGGCCUCUGCAGACACUGUCGUCAUCUUCGACUCUGACUGGAACCCUCAAAACGACCUUCAGGCUCAAGCAAGAGCCCACAGGAUCGGCCAGAAGAAGCAGGUGAACAUAUACCGACUGGUCACUAAGGGAACGGUGGAGGAGGACAUCAUCGAGAGGGCCAAGAAGAAGAUGGUUUUAGACCAUCUGGUUAUUCAAAGAAUGGACACCACAGGGCGGACUGUUCUGGACAGCAACUCAGGAAACACAAAUUCAAACCCUUUCAAUAAAGAAGAGCUGACGGCCAUUCUGAAGUUUGGGGCGGAGGAUCUGUUCAAAGAGGCAGAAGGAGAAGAGUCUGAACCUCAGGAGAUGGACAUCGAUGAGAUCCUGAGGCUGGCAGAGACCAGAGAAAGCGAUCAAGGCUCCAGUGCCACUGAUGAACUUUUAUCGCAGUUUAAAGUUGCAAACUUCUCCAGUAUGGAAGAAACCAAUCAAGAGUUUGAGGAUAAACCCGCGCGGGAAUGGGAUGACAUCAUUCCAGAGGACCAGCGGCGCAAAGUGGAGGAGGAGGAGAAGCAGCGGGAGAUGGAGGACAUCUUCAUGCUGCCCAGGAGCAGGAGCUCUAACAAACGGGCGCAGGCCAACGAUAGCGACAGCGACGUGGGCUCCAAACUGAAGAACCGCUCCUCCGGCUCCGACAGCGAGACUGACGACAGCGACGACGACAAGAAGCCCAAGAAGAGAGGACGGCCGAGAGCUCGCAAGAACAACGUGGAGGGCUUCACAGACGCAGAGAUCCGCAGGUUCAUUAAAGCCUAUAAGAAGUUCGGAUCUCCUCUUGAACGGUUGGAGGCCAUCGCCAGAGACUCGGAGCUGGUGGACAAAUCCAUUGCAGAUCUGAAGAGACUCGGAGAGCUGAUUCACUCCAGCUGUGUGUCUGCGGUGCAGGAGCACGAAGAACUCCUGAAAGAGAAUCCAGUUGAAGCUAAAGGCCCCGGCAAACGACGGGGAAUCAACAUCAAGAUUUCAGGAGUGCAGGUCAACGCCAAGUCCAUCAUCCAGCACGAGGAGGAGUUUGAGCCUCUGCACAAAGCAGUCCCCUCCAACCCAGACGACCGGGACAAGUUUAAGCUGACGUGCAGGGCCAAAGUAGCACACUUCGACGUGGACUGGGACCUGCAGGACGACACUCAGCUCUUACUGGGCAUCUACGAGCACGGCUUUGGAAACUGGGAUUUAAUCAAAACAGAUCCUGACCUGAAACUCACAGAAAAGAUUCUCCCAGAUGACCCGAGCAAGAAGCCUCAGUCUAAGCAGCUGCAGGCCAGAGCCGAGUAUCUCCUCAAGCUGCUGAAGAGAGAGCAGGACAGCACAGACGGGGUGAAAGGAGACGAGGUCAAAGUGAAGAAGAGGAGGCCUCGGGCGAAGAAGGACAAGGUUCUCAAAGACGAGCAGGGUAACGACAUCUCCUCGCCCCGCCUCUCCGAUAACCCGUCAGAGGAGGGCGAGCUGAAGGACGAGGUAACGGAAAAGUCCAACGUGAAGAAGAGGCAGAAGAAAAAGGACAACAAGGAGAACAAAGAGAAACAGGGAACGCCGAAAAAGGAGAAGAAUGCGGACAAAGAGAAGAAGGUUUCAAAGCCCAGAAAAGAGAAGGCUAAAGGAGCCAAAGGGAAAAAGACUCAAGGUCCAGUUCACAUCACAGCCGGGUCCGAGCCCGUCCCCAUCGAAGGAAAGGAGGACGACGAGCUCGACCAGGAGACUUUCAGUAUUUGUAAGGAGCGCAUGAGGCCGGUGAAAAAGGCUCUGAAGCAGCUGGACAAACCGGAUGAGGGUCUGUCGGAUCAAGAGCAGCUCCAGCACACUCGCACGUGUCUGCUGAAGAUCGGCGACCGCAUCACAGAAUGCCUUAAAUCCUACAACGACCCGGAACAUGUCAAGUUGUGGCGACGGAAUCUCUGGAUUUUUGUGUCCAAGUUCACAGAGUUUGGUGCGAGGAAGCUCCACAAACUUUACAAAAUGGCCCAGAAGAAGCGAUCCCACGAGGAAGAGAAGGAGCACAAAAAGAAGGAGGACCUCCCUGGACGGAUGAAGUCCUUCAGACCUGAAGCCUCCGGCUCCAGCCGAGACUCCACGGGGACUCAGCCGUCCUCCAAGUCUGGCUCUCACCCGGGCCAGUCGGGACCGCACGGACACCACAGGGAGCCGUACAACUCCGCCAACAAGCGUCACUUUGGAGGUGAUGAUCGGGGGGAUUGGCAGAGAGACCGUAAAUACGGCUACGCAGGAAACAGCAGCCAGCAGUGGCAGGGAGAUCGACACCAUCCCUACGACCCGCACAGGUACAAGGAUCACUAUGGCGACCGGCGUCCGCACGGAGACCCCUACCGCAGCUCAGGCAGCUUCCGCAACAACAUCUCGCCUCGGAAGAGACCCUACGAGCAGUACGGCAACGACCGGGACCACAGGGGUCACCGACCGUACUACGACAGACACUCAGACCCCAAACGAAGGCGUCCUGACGAAUUCCGCUCCAACUACCACCAAGGAUCUGAAGGCUCCCUCCAGGACUUCCGGCGCAUGUCGGACCACAGGCCCACGGGUCCGUCAGGACCCGAACACUACAGCCGGCCCUUCCACCCCGACAAACCCCCUCCCCUUUUGGACCCUCGCUCCCCCCUCAACCAGAAGUCUCCCCAGGACUCCCGCUCGCCGCUGGAGCGGCCCGUCGAGCCCAACGCCACGACAGACCCGAACUGGAUCAACCGGAAAACAUAGUCUGCUGGGACUCCCAGUCGGAAAACGAAAUGUGGGCUCUUUACGUCGCCUCUGAGGGGGAGGAGUUUGUUUCCAUCCUUCUGUCAGGAUGGAAACUCUUAAAAAAAAAAAAAGGUGCAUCGUAAACAAACAGUGGGAUGCAUUCAGAGCGCUAGUCCCAUGGACUACUGUAAGGAGGAUUUAGGAUAUUUGAACUGAUAUCUAACGAAUCCUAAAAGUGCCUAAAGGCCUCUGGAGCCGUGAAGGUAUAAAGGGAUUCUUCCCUAAAAACCCACACAUCCUUUUUUUUUUUUUUUGUAGCUUUAUCGCAAAUGAGCUCCAGAGACAGAUUUGUCAUCAUUUGCACCUUAAGACUCUUCGAUAAUGUAGCCGAACUGACUGAUAAACGUUUCUCCGUGCCGGAUGAGGGCGGGAUUUCAUCCGGCGUGCCGGGAAAAUUCUUCUUCUGGCUUUUAAACGACGAACUCUCGUGCUGACAGUGGAGUCCCUCUGUAAUGGUGUUGAUCACUGCGAUCCUUUAGCUGGUGUCACUUUAACCACUCUCCACAUGGAAGCCCAACCACAGAGCAGUAUUUAUUACAGCCGCGGUACAACACUACAUAUUAGAGCCUUUCUUUACAGUGUUAGGAUUCAAAAUUCAUCUAUUUGUGGCAUUUUGAUACUUCAGCCCACCUUAAAUCUAUCAAAAAUUGCUUCUUUUUCCAUCAUCCAUCCUUAAAAUUGCAGUGUUUUGUCUACUUUUUUUUCUGUGCCAAAUCUUGUCGCCAUGUUUUUGUUUUUUUUUCUGUUGUGCCUUAAUGUUUUGUCACUGUGCUGAGGGCUAAUGAAGGCUUGGAGGAAGAUCAAUUCAAACCUAAAGAAGGGACCAUAAACUCUGGUAAUCCUUGAGGUUUCUGUGAUUUCUACUAGAGCUGCUGAUUUCAGGUGAAAUUAUGGAAAUAUGAAGACAAACAGGAUGUUGAGAGAAGCUAAAAAAACAAAAUGUUUUUGUCCUGGGCACUUAUCUGAGCUUUUACAGUGAAAAAACAAAAAGAAACCCUGCUCUUCUUUUUCUUCCACUUCAAGCAAACAACAGCAUUUGUUCCGUAUGUUCUGCAAAAAAAAAGUAAAAUAAUUUAUAUUUGUGACAAAAGCAAACCACUCCGUGAGAUUAUGUGGUGUACAUAUGUUGAGGCAUAUGGAAUAAAUUUUGUUACACAAGAAAA